AUGGCUCAGGUUGGCGACGUUGUUCAGUUCCAGUUCAGCAAUGGCAACCAUACCGUGACGCAGAGUGCCGAAGGGGCCGCAUGCCAACCCCUUCAAGCUCAGGUUCCGACGGCUAUUCACAGCGGGCAUGUGCCCUUCAAGGACGGGCAAGCUAUGGUUGGAACAUUCAACAUGCCGAUUACGAGUGCCGACCCGAUGUUCCUUUACUGCGCCACUGGACCUCAUUGUCAAGAGGGACAGGUCCUGGUCAUCAACCCCACCAAUGCGAACCAAGUCGUCCAAUACUCAAAGUUAGCCGCUGCCGCGAAAGCAAACGUCGACGGAACCACAGUGAGCGGCGGUGCCGUUGGACAAAUUCCCCUCGCAAAUGCCGCCUUUGUCCCAGCACCGGCUCAGGGAGCUGGCGGCGGUGGUCCUCCGGGAGGUGGUGCUGGCGGUGCUCCCGCUGCAGCCCCGGCGGCUCCGGCGGCUCCGGCUGCACCAGCAGCGACACCGGCAACACCGGCAAACCCGGCUCAGGAUCCUGCGGCAGCACCUCCGGCCGAAGCGCCGGCUGCUCCUCCGGCUGAAGCUCCAGCAGCUCCCCCAGCUUAA